UUGGGCUAUAUUUGUUGCUAAGCUUUCUCCUUCACCGGGCAGCGUAGAUUUGGCGCGAAAAGGUGAUUGACAAUUACAAGAUAAACAUGGCCGAUGAAGCAGAUAAUUCUUUAAACCAUAUAAAUGGUGGAAUGGAGGAACCUGAUGAAAAUCCAUCUAGCAAUUUAAAUGAAUCUAUGGGACAGGGAGAUUUUGUGACUUCCAGUCCAGGACGUGAAUUGCCACCUUUUGAAGAUGAAUCUGAAUUGAUUGGUGGAAUUAGUGAAGCGGAUACUGUCAAUUUGAAUGAAGAUGAAGAAGGCGAAGAACUUUUUGGUGAUAAUAUGGAACAGGAUUAUCGACCAAUUCCAGCACUCGACACUUAUGAUCCACAGUUGCUGGAUGAUUCCGAAUACAGCAUGAUGUCUGAAGGUGACCGUCGGGCUGCAGAAGAAGAAAUGAGACUUCGAGACAGAGAGGAAGGCCGCACGACUGGAAGAAUGAGAAGAGGAUUACUUUAUGAUGACUCAGAUGACUUUGAAGAAAGACCAGCCCGUCGAAGGCGCCUGGCAGAAACUGCUGCCGAUGAUGCCACGGCUGAUAAAGAGAUGAUUGAAAGUAUUGAAAAUUUGGAAGACAUGAGAGGCCACACUGUAAGAGAAUGGGUUUCGAUGAUCGGGCCCCGCACGGAGAUUUAUAACAGAUUCAAGAAUUUCCUUCGAACUUUUGUAGACAGCAGGGGACACAAUUUGUACAGAGAGAAGAUCAGACAGAUGUGUGAAGAAAACAGACAGAGCUUUGAAGUUGAUUACAAUGCCAUCGCUUCUGAAGAACAGGUCCUGGCAUACUUUCUUCCUGAAGCCCCAACAGAAAUGCUGCAGAUAUUUGAUGAAACAGCCAAGGAUGUCGUGCUUGGUAUGUUUCCCCAGUACGAACGAAUUGCCAAGGACAUUCACGUACGAAUCACUGAUCUUCCUCUAAUUGAAGAAAUAAGGAGUUUGAGGCAGUUGCAUUUGAAUCAGUUGAUCCGAACAAGUGGCGUUGUGACGACGACCACCGGCAUUCUGCCUCAAUUGUCUCUGGUGAAAUAUGACUGUACAAAAUGUAAUUAUGUACUUGGCCCAUAUGUUCAGACACAGAACCAGGAAGUCAAACCAGGGUCCUGUCCUGAAUGUCAGAGUUCAGGACCUUUCCAAAUUAAUAUGGAAGAGACUGUUUAUCAAAAUUACCAACGCAUCACCAUACAAGAGAGUCCCGGCAAAGUGGCUGCUGGUAGAUUGCCUCGAUCAAAAGAAGCGAUACUUUUGGGUGAUUUAUGCGAUUAUUGCAAACCUGGUGAUGAAAUAGAACUCACUGGAGUAUAUACAAACAGUUAUGACGGAUCCCUAAACAUGGCAAAUGGAUUUCCUGUCUUUUCCACCGUAAUCGUUGCCAAUCACAUAGCAAAGAAGGACGAUAAGGCAGCCACCAAAAACUUGACGGAUGAAGAUGUGAAGGCUAUCGUGGCUUUGGCAAAGGACGAAAAUAUUGGAGAAAGAAUUGUAAACAGUAUAGCACCAUCCGUAUAUGGCCAUUAUCAAAUUAAACGUGCUUUGGCUCUCAGUCUUUUGGGUGGAGAAUCCAAAAAUCCUGGACAAAAACAUAGGGUCAGAGGUGACAUUAAUGUUUUGGUCUGUGGUGAUCCGGGCACUGCCAAGUCUCAGUUUUUGAAGUAUGUGGAGAAGAUUGCUCCCCGGGCCGUGUUCACCACCGGACAUGGAGCGUCGGCCGUGGGUCUCACCGCCUACGUCCAGAGGAGUACAGUCACCAAAGAGUGGACUUUGGAGGCUGGUGCUCUCGUGUUGGCCGACAAGGGAGUCUGUCUGAUAGACGAAUUUGAUAAGAUGAAUGAUCAAGAUCGAACAAGUAUUCACGAAGCCAUGGAACAACAGAGCAUAUCCAUAUCGAAGGCCGGAAUUGUCACCUCCCUUCAGGCGAGGUGUGCUGUUAUUGCUGCCGCCAAUCCUAUUGGCGGACGUUACGAUCCAUCUUUAACGUUUUCCGAAAAUGUUGAUCUAUCUGAACCAAUAUUAAACAGAUUCGACAUUUUGUGUGUCGUAAGAGAUAGUGUCGAUCCAGUUCAGGAUGAAAACUUGGCAAAGUUUGUAGUCAACAGCCAUAUCAAACAUCAUCCGUCAUUCGUUGCUCAAAAUGAAGAAUCAAAUGAGAAUAAUACAAAUGCAGACAUCAUAUCUCAAGAUCUGUUGAAGAAAUAUAUUUUGUAUGCGAAGGAGAAAAUUCGACCGAAACUACAUAACAUGGAUCAGAAUAAAAUAGCAAAGAUGUACAGCGAGUUAAGAAGAGAAUCCAUGGCCACGGGAAGCGUUCCGAUUACGGUACGUCACAUAGAAUCCAUGAUUCGCAUAGCGGAAGCGCACGCCAGAAUGCAUCUGCGCGAAUACGUGCAGGACGACGACGUGGACAUGGCCAUUCGCGUCACCUUGGAGAGUUUCGUCGACACGCAGAAAUACAGCGUCAUGAGAAACAUGAGAAAGACGUUUUCCAGAUAUUUGGCGUACAAGAAAGAUAACAACGAAUUACUCCUGUUCAUUUUGAAACAGUUGGCUCAAGAACAGAUGACGUACUUGCGUAGCAGGUACGGUUCCAACGUAAACACCAUAGAAAUAGCCGAAGAAGAUUUGGCCGAUAAAGCCAGGCAGGUGAACAUCCACAAUUUAAAACCGUUCUUCCAGAGUAACUUGUUCUCUUCUCACAACUACGUUCACGAUUCCGGUAGAAAAUUAAUAGUCCAAAGUUUUUGAUCGUAAACGGUAUUUUUCUACGCGCGUGCUUUACCUGUAAGGUUUUAAAUAAUAAAUAUUCUAUUUUUCAAAUUGUUUUCGACCGGAAAGUCUUUCGUAUUUUAAUAAAUUCCAGAUUUCUUUCGGUUGUUGGUCUGGAUUAAUUGUAGAACGAGAUGGGAUUUAAGGGCGAUGAUUGUCUUACGUGGGGCGACUCUCCACCGGUGUGCCACAUAAUUGUUAUUGACUACCCGAUGUUGGAGAUUCGUGGCAUUUUAAGCCCUUUAGUGCAUAUUCGACGCCACGCUGGCUCUUCGG